CAUUAGGUGACGGAAAAGCGUUGUUUAAAACAGACGCCGUUAAUUUCACGGACAUAUACAGAGCAUUAAGUCUGAUUCAAUCAACAAAGUUAACGAGUAAGUCAGCGUUAUUUGGUUAAUAACGUAAUAUAUGUUUUGUAGGGAUAAAACAGAGUUAAACAGAUUCAUUUAGUUUUACUUUAGGUAUAUUCCUCAGCGGUGGCACAGAACCUGACAGAUUGGAUUUCUCCUCGUUUCCAACAACCGAACUUUAAGAUGGUAACGCCCAUAGUCCUAGCCGGCUGGUUGGUGUGUCUAUUACUAUCCGCUGCCGAGACCCAAGAUUCCGUGAUCUUUAAGAAGGUGGGUGAUGAAGUUGUCCUCAGACCAUCCUCUAAGCCUGAUGUUAUCAAGACCAUCUUGUGGAGAGAUGGUCCUAACAUCGCCAUGGAGUGGGAUGGAGAAAAUAUUGAAUCAUAUCGACACUUCAAAGUCCGCGGCAGCCUGGACAAUUCCAGUGGCGCACUGACUAUCAAAAGUCUGAUUCAAGAAGACAGCGGAUUCUACACACCUCAUAUUAACAACAACGCUGGCAAGCCGAUAUACCUCAAAAUCAUCUCUCCAGUCCUUAAACCUCACAUUUCUGUAUCGUGUGAUGAGGGGAAGAAAAACUGUACAUUGAGCUGUGAUGGAGACACUACAGGAGCUGAACCUGUUAAUUACACAUGGAAGUUCGACAGCAAACAGAAAGGUUCAUCUAAGGAACUACAUCUUACACAGGAGAAUAGUGAAAACAUACAGGAGUUGAUCUGUGAACUGAAGAACCCGGUCAGUCAAGAGUCCAGCGGACCUGUUUCCAACCCUUUCACAGGGAGUAGGACUUCAGAACCUGAAAGUAAUCUGAAGAUUAGUUCAGGGCUCACAGUCUUCAUCUGUCUGCUGGCAGUGGUAUUUCUGGUGGUGAUUGUACACAAAGUAAAAUCAGGAAAGUGGUUCUUUCAAAAAGAAUCAAUGCCAUGGGAAGCAGACUUCUGGAGGAAGACAGAGGGGCAACAACCAGGUGCUAAUGACUCCAAUGGCACCACUUAUGAAGAGAAGGGAGCUGCGGAUGAGGGGAUGCCAAUGAAGGCCUAACGAUGGAACACUAGAGAAACCCCAAGACCCUGAAUACCACCAAGAUGUUUCAGGAAUAUGGUUUUUGUAUCCUUAAAUGUGAUGGAAUAGUGUGAGUCAGUGUCAGAGCGUGUUUGUUUUCUGACUCUGCACAACCUCCUGUUGCAGUGAAAACCCCACAGAUAAGUCCUUACCCUUUUCCAGAGGCAGAAACUUUAGACAAUACAAGGAAGCACUGAAAAGUGUGAUUUCCUUUACGUCAUGGUUCCUUGGCCAUGUUAGACCACAGGCUGAAGAUGAUCUGAGGUGGAUCUGGUGUGGAUUAAUACUGCUUCAUGGUGUUGGAGGACAGAAUGAGUGUACUGGGAGGAAAUUCAGAGGAAAAAAGGGAAGUCAUUGUGUGGUCUGGGUGCCUGCUCAGCCAACAAUCAGGGGCUUGUUUAUAUUCGCUCACUGCUCAGCAACAGCUAAAUAUCCUAGCAAGUAUCAUAAACCAAUCAGCUUUACAUUUCCUUGUUUAAUGCAUCUCCAUCUCUAACUGAAUGUUAAGGCAGGGUUUUAAAACAUGUUUUCUGAUUCAAAUAGUUGAAUUAUCCAAUAUUGAUUAAUAAAAUCCUGAGAUAAUGAGGAGUAAAGGCCACAUCUCACUGUUGUUACUCCAUCAUUGUGUGCAUUUUUAAGGCUUCUGAAAUGUGUAUCUUUUUUUUUAUUUUUUAUCUGUGACAAAGAGAAUAUUAUUUGGAUGAACUGACAUUUAUCAGUAGUAUUUCAGAGAGUUCUUUGUCCAGUUUUAAACGUCAUUCUUUUACAUCCAAGCAAAACUUGUAACUGAAAUGAUUCUGAAUUAAAUUGAGCUGAACAUUGAAUUGAAUUAAGAAGUUACUGGUUAUAGUUUCUGUGUUUAGUUUUAAAUCCUUAUGUGUGUUUAUGUGAUUUUCUGUUGGUAAAAGGGAUCUAGUUUUCAGAACAAAUCAUUUGUUAUGGUACUUUGAUAAAAUUUCACACAAGUACAUGGGAGCAAAAGGCAGCACAGCACUGAUAUCAAAUUACUGAAAUUUGUGAAAUCACAUGAAUUCAACGUCAGAUGAAUAUUUGUCUGCAGAAACACUCAACCUAAUGUAAAGCACUAAGGUUUAACAUGCAGCCAUAGCUGUUAAAUAAUGUAAUGUAAUGUAAUAAUGUAAUAGAAUAUCUGAUUUAUCUGUCAUUUAAAUAAUAGUGUAUUACAUUACAGAUGCAUUACAAAUCUUUUAAUUUUAGUAAAGUUGGACCAAUUUAAUGAAGUAAUGUAGUUGAAUUUACAUAUAUCUGAAUUACAUUGGUAUGUAAUUAAACUAAUCCAGAAAAUUAUAUUGGUCCAAACUAAUUACAUUGGUUCAACAAAAUGAAAUUAUUUACAUUGAUCCAACUUUUUAAUUCAACAUUUAAUUUGAUCAAAUUAACCCAACUCAUUUUUAAAAUUGUAUGUCAUAUUUAUUCAUUUUGUUACUGCUUUUUACUGUCAUUUUUUUUUUUAUUAACUAAUCUCAUGGAAAUAGGAUGAGUGUAUAUGUACCUUUGCUGUAGUGUUUGAAGACGUAAAGAAUGCAGAUUUAUAAAUGUAUGUGUGUGUAAAUGUGUUGUUUUAUAUUUAACAAAAGGAACAGAAUACAAGCUUCUAAAUGCUGUGUAUUUGAUUACCCAAAGCCUGGUAAUAGUCACAUUUUUCUUCUUAAAAACAGAAAUAUAAAUCGUGCGUUUCCAGACUUCUUCACCUCAAGACCCAAAAGACAAAUCUGGUGAUGUUCCAGCAA